AUGAGCAGGAGAAAAGUGAGUUUCAACGGCAGCGACGUCGAUUCCGUCGGAAAAUCUACGGCGGCGACAGCGGCGGCGUCACAUAACGACGUUAUUGGCGGCGGUCGAUUUCGCCGGGAAAAGAAAAGGUUAAAAGUAACGGUGAGCGGGAUAAGAGGAAUUUCAGGUGGUACGUUGGGAUUACUGCGGCGAAUUAGGGCUGUGGUGGCGAAGGCUCUGCGAUUAUCUUCUAUGUCUAAGAAAUCGUCCAGGAAGGUCAGGUCGUCGUCGGCGACGGCGACGGCGAAGGCAAGAUUCUCCGGUCCGGUUGGUGUGGAUUCUCAUAGGGAGGAAGCCAUUGAUGACUGUAUUGAGUUCUUGAAUUCUUCUACUGCUUCGGCUGCUGGUGGUAAAUGA